AUGGUGGAUAUAAAUGAAGAUUAUGAGGAGAAGUAUAAGAAGUUGUUCGCCUCUCUGAAGAGGCAGAACUUUGAUGUGAAUAUAUUGAUAACUAAGGUGGAAAAUUGGGUGGAUGGUGAAGAAUCAUCUGAUGAAGACAAAGGUAAGGACAAGUGUUUGAUGGCACACACUGAUGCAUUAGUCAUUGAUGAAGGAAGGAACAGACCGAGUUCUUUUGACGUUAAUAUGGAUAAAGCUGCUAAAGAUUCAAAGAUGAUCGCAUGGGACUCGUCAUCUCUAUAA